AUGUCAUUAAAUGCAGUUUUAUUUGUGGGCCUUUUAACCCUGCAUCUGUGGUUCGAUGUCUCUCAGGCUGAGGUGAAUGCCAACAAUCACAAGCUGAGCGGUAUCAUCCAAUGGAAAUAUGAGAAACGACCAUUCUGCAAUGCUUUUACGGGUUGUGGCAAAAAACGCACCUCCUCCCAUCCACCCUCGUAUCCGGUUAUCAAACGCAACGAUAUCGAAGAUAAAAUUACCUACAGCAAUGAUUACAUGUCCGAGGGCCUAUCCGAUUUAAUCGACAUAAAUGCCGAACCGGCUGUGGAAAAUGUCCAAAAACAAAUCAUGUCUCAGGCCAAAAUCUAUGAGGCCAUUAAGGAGGCCAGCAAAGAGAUAUUCCGUCAGAAAAAUCGCCAACGUCAGCAGCAGCAAAUGCAAGAGGCUAACCGUUUAAUGGGCCAGGAUUCGGAAAAAUUGGAUGAUAACGAAAACCUUUAG